AUUCCCCACAACAUGUAUAACACACACAAAAAAUAACAAUUUGUAUCUGAAUUAUGACAACAAAAUACUAAUAAUAAAAACCUCAAAACAGUGUUGGUUGUUGGUGUUGGGCUGUGUAAUGUAAUCUAGUUGUUGUUAUCCAGUGCAGGCUUUUACUAAGUAGUACUACUACUUAUUAAGUUUUUGGGUUAUAACCUAAUCCAAAUAUCACCACCCCACACACACACACACACAGACCGAUUCCAGCAAGCAAAAACUGACCCUUCUUCGUCCGUUCCCUGAAUUCCCCUUCCCCCCAAUUGCACAUUUCGUCCGUAGUUUACUUCCUCAAAUACGUACUUCUUUUGGCCUUGAAUCCAACACCCACCAUUAAAUUUUUGUUGCAGCAGCACUAAAUAAAACCAAUACAAAAAACACAAAAACGUAGAUGUACUUCAAAUUCAAUUUCUACUUGGGAAGCCUUAAUCAGAACGCUCUCAACUACGCGUUUAUCUUUUGGCUCUUUGACUAAUAAGCUCUCUCUUCUCUUGGUCUGGGCGGUCGGGGUCUCUUUUUCUAUGUUUCUUUUGACGGGAUUCCAGGGGAGUUGAAACUGAGAAAGAUUUGGGGGGUUUUUGGGUUUGUUAUCAGUCGUAUUCUACAAGAAGGGAUUUUUUUUUUUUAAUUUAUAUUAGUUUGGAAGAUGAGGACUUUGGUUUCAUCUGAUUGCCCUGGCCGUGGUGGAUUUUUGGUUGUUGAAGCUUAUCCUAAAAGGUAUUCUUCCAAGAUCCCCUCUGAUUUGGUUCUUUUCCUCGGCCUUGGCUUCAUAGAUUGGUAACAUUCGUAUUAGAAUCUAUUACUUCUCAUGUUCUUCUGACCCGCUUUUACUCGGUAGAUAAAACAGAUUUUGUUGCAUCUUUAAAAUCGUGGGUUCUUUGCAACAAAGAUUAUGGAUUUGAUGGCUCUGAUUCCUUGUCUCUCUUUUCUGUCGAGAGGGAUGAUGGAGCUUCUUGGGUUUGGGUUGGAUUUAGUCUUCAUCUAGCAUUUGCUUGUUUGCCUCUCUAGACCCAUUUUUAGUCUUUCUACUUGGAAAACCUUAUACUAUUUGGUGUCGUUUUACUAUGGUCUUUUCUGUUAUUCGUUUCAUUUCUGGCCACCUCUGGUUUUAGGACUUUUAGAAGCCUCUUUGUUUUUCCCCUUAUUCUUGAUUCAUAGUAUUACCGUCUGGGCAAUUAUAAUCAGCUGCUUAUCACGGGUUUCAAAUUUGAGGUGUCCGUAUUGAAUAGUGGGAACAUUUGGUCCUCUGAUGAGUUAGUAUAGAGUUGUGAUGGAGGUGGGUUGCAGUAGUUGGGACUGAUAUUAUGUAUUUCAAGAUUUCGUUUUUGUGAAAAUUAUCUUGGGGUUAGCAUCGAUUGCUAGCGUUUAACCUCAAGAGGAAUUAGACAUUGUGAGAUGGUAGAUACUCUUCUAACCGCGUUGUCAAUGGAUAACUAUCACCCUUCAACCAUGUUAUCUAUGGAUUCAAGUGCCUCAUCGUCACAUGAUGAAUUGGACCUUGAAAUGAAUCGCCAAAUUGUUUUGGCCCGUCCACCACCUGAUAUCAAUUUGCCCCUCCGCGCUGACCGUAGUUCUCCGCAGCCAUGGAAUCCAGAACAUUGUGCCAUUCUCGAGGUUGGCCUUGGGUCUCAAAUGUAUGAAACAGAAACUUUUCUCACUGCCCCUAAGGUUGGUAGAAAAUGCACUAAAAGGGGGGAUAGCAUCUGGGGUGCUUGGUUUUUCUUUAGCUUUUAUUUUAGGCCAGUAUUGAAUGAGAAAUCAAAGGCCAAGAUUAUAAGGGAUAGCAACGGACUUUCUGGGUUUGAUAAGUCUGAUUUGCAGCUUGAUGUUUUCAUGGUUCAGCAUGAUAUGGAGAACAUGUACAUGUGGGUUUUCAAGGAUAGGCCUGAGAAUGCAUUGGGUAAAAUGCAACUUCGGAGUUAUAUGAAUGGGCAUUCACGUCAAGGAGAGCGGCCAUUCCCCUUUAGUGUUGAAAAAGGGUUUGUCCGAUCUCAUAGAAUGCAGCGGAAGCAUUACAGGGGCCUUUCAAACCCUCAAUGUGUUCAUGGGAUUGAGGUAGUUCCAUCCCCAAGUCUUUUGGGCCUUGACGAAGAUGAAAGAAAAAGGUGGGUGGAACUCACUGGGAGGGACAUAAACUUUAUUGUUCCACCUGAAGCCAGUGACUAUAGUUCGUGGAGAAAUAUGCCGAAUACAGAAAUUGAGCUUGAGAGACCUCCACCUGCAAUAAAGAGCAAUGCUCAUCCUCAAUCAAAAAAGUUACUUAAUGGCUCAGGAUUGAAUCUAGCCACUCAACCUUCUAGCCACAGCAAUGGGGAUUCGAUGGAUACUUCACCUCCUAGCAACAAAAGGAGGAAGGAGUUUUUCUUACAUGGAAAUGAAGAGGAUUGCUGUCUGGCCGUAAGUCCUCCCGAUAGAAUUCAUGAUUUGGAUACUCAUCCAAGUGGGCCGAACUGGCUGCAUGAAUUCAGUGGUGUCCUAAGGCAUGCCUAUGGCCCUGUUACUGCUGCAAAAUCUAUCUAUGAAGAUGAAGAUGGCUACUUGAUCAUAAUGAGCAUGCCUUUUAUUGAUCUCCAAAGGGUGAAAGUUUCUUGGCGCAAUAAUCCCACUCAUGGGAUUAUCAAGGUUUCUUGUGUGAGCACAUCAAGAAUGCCAUUCAUCAAGAGACAUGACCGAACCUUUAAGUUGACGGAUCCUGCUUCCGAACACUGUCCUCCAGGGGAAUUUAUCAGAGAGAUAGCACUUUCAACUCGCAUACCCGAAGAUGCUAACAUUGAAGCAUAUUAUGAUGGAACAGGGAUGGUGCUCGAGAUUUUGGUGCCAAAACUUCGAGAAGGACCAGAAGAACAUGAAGUUCGUGUAUGCCUACGCCCUCAUCUUGGGUCUAAUGAUCUCAUGUUGACCUAGAGGUACAUUAGAAGAUCUCUAUUGUGGUGCUUCAUUCUGUGCUGACUUUCCAAGAAAUCAAUGGGGCAAAAAAUGUGCCUCAAAUUAGGUUUAUGUUUUCAAUAUUAGUCAUGUACUUUAUUCUGUUGUUUAGUCAUCUAAGUAUCCUGCUAUCAUAGAUUAUAACAUCUUUUUGCUGUUGUAAUCACAUAAUAUGUAUUGCACAUUAAGCAGUUAGUACGUUCUUGUAUCCGUUUUUACUGUAUGCUCCUCUUGGUUUCGACUUUGCUCUGUUCUUUCAGUAUCAGUUUUUGGCUUUUUGCUGAUCGAUCAUGUGGAGUGCCCCUAUAACAAAGGGCAAUUCGUUAUUACACCUAAUUUAUCCUCUUAUUCUUUCCUUUUCCGGUUUUUCGCUUCUAAGAAGAUAUCUUAUGCUCGAACUCUGUAAUGUGCUAGUGUAUUUUUGAUAAUAGGCAGUGUCCCUGCAUCAAAUUGCAAAUAGGAUUUUCUUUUUCCUUGUGGCUCAUGUGGCUGGAAGAAUUCCUGCGCUUCUUCUCUGGCCUCAACUUUCAAAUCCAAAUCGAAUGGAAAAGAAAAGGUCCACAAUCACAGCAGCUGCCCUGCCUU